AUGUCUGAGACCGUGACUAUCGAGGCACCUGCCACUUCCGAGACCCAUGGGACUGGUCAGGAGAAGAACUUAGCAGUUGGGCAAAGAGAGGAUCAAGAGGAGGACCAUGUAGCCACAGAGGAUACAGAGCAAGAGGAACCGAUAGACCAAGCGUCCGACGGCGUGGGUGUCACCUCACAAGCUCCGGCAGAACUUGGUGAUACUCCUGUGGUUGAUCAGGCACCAGCACAAGCGGCCGGACUAGAUUCACCAGACAGUGACGAAAACUUCAAGCGUGCGGCAAGAGCGUUCCUAGAUGUGCAUCGUGAUGAAGUGGCUCAGAGAGAGGAGGAAAUCUCCAAGCUCAGAGCCGAGUUGAAAAGGGUCAGAGAAGGACUCAAGGCCCUGGAAACAGCAGCAGAGCGCUCUGAAACUGCUCGAGACGCCAAUCACGACGAGGAAUGGAGGCUUACAGCGGAUGAUCCAGACGUAACCUUCCAUAAAAUCAAGGAGAUAUGGGAAACUUGCUUUAUCGCGGUCCAAGGCGUUAUGGAGGCGGAAGAUCCGGAAGAAUUCCUAUCGGACUGGAGCGUGGUCAAUUGGCCAGAUCUCGAAGGCAAAAUGCCCGGCGUGACAGCAUUUCCUCUUGAGGCGUCGGAUAAAAGCUCUCGAACAAUGCUCGUCAUGGCCCUACUAGCGAAAUCGUUGGAGGAUUACAUCUUGACGCCAAAUUACCUCUUCGAGGACGAUGACGAGGUCCGAUUCAUCCUCAGUAGGAUGACGGAUACCAAGAAGAAGAACCGGCUGAGAAGCCUGCUGCUGUCCACAUGCGAGGGAGAAGACGUCAAAGAAGAAAUGGAGAAGGUCAAAGCCUUCAGGGUCGAGAGCGCGCUGAAUGGGGUCAUUCAACCUAUACAAAGUCUGCUCUCUGAAGCGCUCUGUGAAAAAGCCAAGUCCUCUCUUGCCGAGACACUGUGCGAUGUUGUCACAGCUUGGGAGCCAGUGCAGCGAUGCGAAAGCCAUUUCGAAGUCAGCACUGACGCUAGCCGUGCCAAUCGUGACUGGUUGACACUCCGACUGAUGGAGGACAAGACUGUCGCAUUGGAGACUGUGAGUUCAAGCGGCUUUGGAGCUGAUCCAGUCCUCGCGGUCGUCUUCCCGCGCGUUUGUGCUAUUGACAGGUCCAUGAAGCCUUCUGUCACCACGGCGUUCCCCGGGAUCGUGUUCCAGAAGUCUUGGGUCAUCACUGCCGAGGCGGCCACGGUAGAAGUAGGCGAAACGGCUGCUGAGCCGGACAUUGAAGCCAGACCAGCACCAAUCAUUGAAGACCUACCAAAGGAGAAGCCUUGCCUAUCCCCAGCCGCAGGUCCAGAGCAAGCGCAAGCGCAAGGACAAGCGGAGGUGGAAGUGGUCAAGGAAGAGCCGAAGCCCGUCGAUGCACAACCUCCAAUCACUGGCUCUGAAUCCGAAGGGUCUACUUCAGAAGACGAUGACACCGAAGAUGGGAGCGAGACCGAAUCGAACACGGAAGAGAUUUGA